GUGCUCUCCAGUGAUUCCAUUUUUUAAAUAUUAAAUCACAAUAUGGGUUAUAUUCUUAAACAACGAAAUAAUGAUCACAAUAGAGACAACACAGAAAAGAAGAUAAAUAAAAAAUGACCAAGAUGACUUGCGACGACUAAGAGGAAAGAACAUAAGAAAGUGGCGAGAAGAUACGCUGUAUUGAAGAAUUCAGACCAAAUCUCAUAAACUGGAUCCGAGAAGAGCUCCACUUCACUUCGGAAGCCAAAACCCAGAAAUCAUGGAAGUUUCCAACGAGAGCUGCAGAUUCGAGACGAGCGAAACGUUGGCGGCGUUUGUGGCGUCAACGCCGUUGCUGUCCGAAUCUUGGAAGCUCUGUAACGCGGCUAACGCCGAAGGGAACAUCCUAACGCAACACGGUGGUGGGAUUUGGUACGUAGCGUUGCCGGCGGUGAAUAAGCUGCCGUCGGGGGAGUUUGUGGAGUUAGAAGCCGCCGGAGAAGGGCUUUUCUCCGCCCUCCGGCGAACGUCCGCCGCCGGAGAGCCGCCGCAGAUGGUGGAUUCUGAGAUGCUCUCUCUCUUCUCGUCCAUGUUCUCACUCAUUCACCCACAGAUAAUGGGAUGCAUGGAAGGAAGAAAGCUGGUGUUAACCGGACAUUCAGGCGGAGGGGCAAUGGCCUCUCUCACUGCCCUUUGGCUCCUCUCUUAUCUUCAGUCACUCUCAUCCUCUUCCCUCCACGUCCUCUGCAUCACCUUUGGCUCUCCCUUACUCGUAAACCGGUCCCUCUCCACCGUUAUUACCCGGUUACGCUUUAACCGGAACUUCUGCCACGUGGCCUCCACCCGGGACAUCGUACCGAGGUUUCUCCUGUCCCCUCACUCUCCCGAGAUCGCCCGUCUAAUAUCCUCAUCCCUCCACUUGCAAAAUGCUUCAUCACCGGAGGGGUCCGGAAGAGGGGAGUUCUGGCCAUUCGGAAGCUAUCUCUUCUGUUCGGAGGAGGGAGGUGUCUGUAUAGACGAUUCUGAAUUGGUCUGUAGAAUGCUUGUGAUGCUAAACGCGAGGACGACGGGGGCCUUGGAGAUGGAGGAUCAUCUCAAGUAUGGAAACUACGUAGAGAUUCUCUCUCAGCAGUUUCUCAAGGCGAGGAGCUUCAAUGGCGGAAAUGUCUCUGAGUCAAGCUAUCAUGCAGGUGUCGCAUUGGCGGUUGAAGCUAUGGGGAUAUCUCAUGAGGAACCAGCUGCAGCAGAAGCAAGGGGAUGCAUAGAAACAGCGAGAAGAAUCAGCCAGGCGCCAAUCCUGAAAUCCACUGAGAUCUCCAAUGAUCUCGGCCGUUUUUUACGCUGCAGACUGGAGAUUCAAUGGUACAAGGAACGUUGCGACGCAUCAACAGAGCAACUCGGGUACUACGAUUUCUUCAAGCGAGGGACGAUGAGGAGCAACUCCAGGAUCAACAUGAACCGAGUCAAGCUGGCGAAAUUCUGGGACGGCGUCAUAGAAAUGAUCGAAAAGAACGAGCUUCCUUUCGAUUUCCAUCUCAGGGCGAAAUGGUUAUACGCUUCACAGUUCUACCAGCUCUUAGCCGAGCCACUCGACAUUGCCUACUUCUACAAGAACAGGAAGCCGGAGGAGAGAGGCAACCAUUACCUGAUGCAGGGAAACAGACCAAAGAGGUACGUGGCGUUUGAUAAUUGGUGGAGAGAACGCCCGGAGUCGCACAAGAAGAAGUACGAGAGGACGAGGUACGCCAGCUCUACGCAGGAUACGUGCUUCUGGGCCAAGCUGGAAGAAGCGAUAGAGAAUCUAGAUGACGUCAGGACGGAGACUGAUGGCUGCAAACGAUCGAUCUUGUGGGAAAAGGUGGUAGCUUUCGAAAGAUACGCCGAUGAACUGGUGAGGAAGAAGGACGUCUCGAUCGAUGUUCUGGCGAGGAACUCGAGUUACAGUAAAUGGGUCGAGGCUCUGAGGGAGUUCAAGUCGCAGAUGUCUCCUGACUCUAUGGAGACAAUGUAAACUUGUCAGUUUUUUAUCAUCCGACAAAUCUCCACAGAUGUUAGAUGUGUUUGCUGAAGUGAUCGUAUAUAUGUAUCUGCGACUGUAAUAAAAAGGAGAAUCUGCAAAUGGAAAUAUCCUUUAGUAUA